UACAAAGUACUUUGUUGUUUCCGAAAAAUCCAAAAGGUUUUGCAUUGUGCUCGAUACUGCUGCAUCCUUGUUUUUUGUUGUCUUCAAAGCUAAAGUAAAGAAGACUUGUCAAGAGUUAUUUUGUGAUCAGAGAGGAUGUCUUAACGAAUUAUAAUGUCGUCAAAAUCUCAACGAGAAAAAAUGACAGAGGGAAAUUUCGGCAGUUUGUCUGCAAGACAUAUAUUCCAUGGGAUCGAGUAUGUCGUUAGCAUGUUUUUAAGAGACGAACAUGUGAUUCUCGAGGCAGAGGACAGACUCACUGCUGAUCAAUGGCGGGCAGAGUUCGAUGCAAGAUAUAUUGAAGAUUUAACCCACAAAACGGGAAACUUUAAGCAGUUCAAAGUGUUUAUCAACAUGUUGGAAUCUGCAAUAAAUAAGGACUCGUCAAGCGUUAGUCUUGAUCUUCUGACAUAUGCAGAUUUGCAGACUCUACGCAAUCAGAAACCUGGAGUAGGGACGGCAAAUAUUCCUGGAGCCAGAGCUAUCUCUCAAUUAGCUACUAAGCGUUAUCUUUUGACUUACACUGUGGAAUUUGAUCGGGUGCGUUUGAUCCAUUAUCCUCUUCCAUUACCCUAUGCUGGUAAACCAGAUCCAGUUCAUUUGCAAGAUGUGAAUAGAAAGCUGAAAGAAGAGAUAAAGAAUUUGAAAAACCAACUUGCUAGGGAAGCUACCAGCAAAGUUAAUACACAUUUGAUGAUUUUUAGAUUGGACAAUCUCCUAAACGAGAAGGAAAAUCUUCAACGAGAAUAUAACGCCUUUCAACGUGAGAUGAAACACUCCAGUGUUGCUGAUACAAGUAAAGAGAUCAGAGUCCUCAAGAAAGUCAUCAAGAAUCUAGAGGGAGAUUUGUUGAAGGAAAAGUCAAAAUUCCAGAAGAUCUUAAGCAAGAAAGCACAGGAGAAUCGUGAUUUACUUGACGAGUUGAAAGAAGCUCGUGCUAACGAACGGAAUUUACGAGCAAGAUGUCGAAAUCUAACAAAUGAGCUUGCGUUAUUGAAAGACAAAGGUAAAAUCAGCACGCCUUCUGGAGGAUCUGUCAACAGAACAUCGUCUGCAAAGGGAAAUGUUGUUGCUAGACGUCGAACCUUAUCACAAGAACGCAAAGUGACACCUCAAACACGUCGUCAAACACGCAGUCCUUCACCAAUAGGAGAUGUUCCACGAUUUGAUCCUACUGCCUACGUGAAAGAAAAACAACGAAAGUUGAAAGAAGCAAGAGAAGCCCGAAGUCGAAGUCGCACUCGCUCUGGCUCAAAACCACAUCGACGUGUCAGGUCUAUAUCAUCAGAACGUGGUUCUACGAAAGAUCUUCGUCCAAGAAUAUCAGAUCCCAAUAAAAUCUAUCGCACAUCAUCUUUGAGUAGCAUAGGUAGUAGGCGAUCAUCUGGCUCCUUAGGUCGCCCUGAUAACAACGGGAGACGCAGAAGAUCUGGCUCACAACAGCGUGUGGUUCGUCGUCGAUUUGGAUCAGAUGCGUCUUCCGGUGAAGGUUCCGAUGCGGAGGAUCGUAGAAAAUACAUCAGAAGAAUUCCAAGGUAUUCCAGCACACCGCAAGAGUUAAAACGAAGAACAAAAGAAGCCAGUAAAAAACGAGACAAUUCGCUGAACAGAUCUGUGGAAAUCUCGGAAAUCGAUGCGAGACUUAACGCAUUACAGAAAUACAUGAGAAUAUGGAUUGAGAGAAUCUUCAAUUGUUACUUCCGAUAAGUGCUACUUUCAUAAAUGCUGUCUAUUUUAAUCAUAUAUAAAACUUUAAAUGAUAUUGAUGCGUAUAUAGCUACAUUUUAUAUAAUAAGGAUACCGAGAACUUACUUAGUCAUAAAUGAGAUUUUUAAACUGUUAUUGCUUCACUUUCUUUGUAUAUAGUUCGUAAAAAUCAAUAUUUAUAGUUGGUAUUAAUUAAAUAAUUCCUUUUACAACCAAUAAACAUUUUAAAUGUGUA